UCUCAUUGGACGAGGAAACGAAUCUUGACGUCCCGCUUUCUCAUUCGUGACUCGGCAGCGGGAGGACCCGGAUGUAGGUGCUGCAAGAUGGCGGCGGAUCUGAGGCCUGGUACGCCGACGGAGCAGGAAGGCGCUCAAGUCCUUCAGCAAACCGUGGUUUCAUUGCUCUCAGACUAUGGCUGGUUCAUCCUCUUCAGUCUUAUUGCUGUUUAUUUACUUGUACAAAAGCUUUCCAAAACAUUUCGAAGCACCAGCAAGCACUCCUUGGACACAACAGAUAUUGAACCUGAGGCUGUGGUUAGACAACAGGAGGCUUUGCUUGCUGCCCGUCUGAGAAUGCAAGAAGAACUGAAUGCACAAGCAGAAAAAUUCAAAGAAAAACAGAAAAAGCUUGAAGAGGAGAAACGAAAACAAAAGAUCGCCAUGUGGGAAAGUAUGCAGGAAGGCAAAAGUUACAAGGAGAAUCUCAGACAGAACCAGGAACCUCAGUCUGGAGCCUCAACAUCAACCAGUGUCCCAAAGCCAAAACCGAGAAGCAAACCUUUACGAGAGGGGGGUUACAACCCUCUGUCUGGAGACGGUGGCGGGACCUGCUCAUGGAGACCCGGGCGCAGAGGUCCUUCAUCGGGUGGAUGAGGCUAGCUUCUGCCAGUGUCUUCUUUGAACACUGGCAGACACUAAUCUGGCCCCAUAGCUGCAGCUGUCUGUGGGUUGCUUGACACAGGGACUUAGUGGAGGGUAGAUUAGUACUUUAGUGACUCAGAGAUAUAUGAAAGAAAAAAUGUAAAUACAGCUGGGAGUGCCAUGGAAGCAGCAGGAAGAAAAUGGUAGAAGCAGAAAGGGAAUGUCAUGAGGAUGACUUUUCUUUUUGAGAGCAAAGCAUUGCCAUCCAUGCGUUCCCCCAGGUUCUUGUGUGCAAUGGGAACAUCCAUUGCAUAAGAGUUUAGGACCAAACUCCCUGCCAAAGUGCCUUGGGCUCUGCAGGGGACAAAACCUGUUUGAAAUGGCAUGUUUCCCUGCUCCAAUUUUUGGGGGAGUAAGUUUUAGAUGCCAAAGCUGGGUUUUCCUCACAAUAUCCAGCAAAGGCAGAGCAAGACAACUGGUAGUUGAUCCAAUGUCACUAUUUAAGGCCCUGAGAAUAAGAAGCAUUGGAAAUGGUGCUACUUUGGAUGUUGAGACCCCAGGUGUCUCCUGCCAACAGCUUCCAAACUGGCUGAGCCACACACUCAUCUGGUUGGUAAAUGUAGCCAGUUCUCCUUUGAGGUCAUAUCAAAAGAAUAUUUGAGUUUGGUUUUGGGGUUCAACUCUUCACAAAGAUGGAGCAAUAGAUGCAGCACAUUGAGAAACUCCCUGUAACAAGCAGCAACAAAUGACGUGGUCCUUAUAAAUGGUGGACACAUCACUGAGGACCUCCGAAGAUAAGACAGCUGAUUGGGGACAGUUCUUGCCCUGCCCUCCUCCUGUUUCAUCUGCUUUGUAAGACAAAAUACUGUAAAUAACAUUAGCAGCCUUCUUUCUUUCGGUGGCUCUUUUCUAUACAGGAAAGUACGUACUCUUGCUUAAUGACCAUGUCUCAAGACUGCCAUCCUGUACACAGGUACCGUGGAGCCAUAUUGGACUGUGUGUGCUUGCUUCUAGGUAAACGUGUCUGUGACUGGGUAAAACAGGUUGCAUUAUUGGUGUGUGGCUUGUUCCGGACAAAAGGCCUCCUCAUACUCCAUUUCAAACUGUUGCUUAAUAAAUUCUAUUUCUUUAGCAUCAGAUGUAUACCUAUCUUUUUCAAAUGUAGCCUAAGCACAAACAGGUACGUGCAAACUUCUUUACCCUGGGAAGCUUGCAGUCUGCAAAUUUCCCAGGGAGACGAUAUUUAUUUUAAACCAUUUUAAUCCUACUUCACUUUCAAAGCCUGUGACUUGACAACCAGGAUACAAGAAAAACACUAAUCAAAAACAGCUUCCUGUUUUAAAUUUUACUUUGUAUGUUCUUAUUGUACUAUUAGCCGCUUUGAGUCUUGCCUUGGGGCAGGAGAAAAGCGGGGUAAAAAUUUACUCAAAUAAAUAAAUAAAAUAUUC